UAAGAACGAAAAAAGAAAUACUCGUUUGUUUGCCGAAAGUAGUAUAAUGAACAAGGAAGUGUUUAUCAUUAUUAUUUAAAAGGCGCUACGCGAACCUGUGUUAAAAGAAACAAACAUUUGUCUAAUAGGUUUUUGGUGAACGUAAGCCUUGUAAUAAUAUUAAAUAAAACCAAUUGGGGAACUUAGUGUUGACAUAAGUAUUUACAAUCAAAUUUUUUGUUUAAUUUUUUUGGUAGUACCUUCAAAGUUGAUUGACAUUGACGUGGUGAUCGGGGAAGAUUUUUGCUUACAAGCAGAUAUAUACAAAUAAAUCGAGAUGGACUUUCUAUUCGGAAAUUCCUUGUGACAAAGUUGAAGAUGUUUUUGCUAUGAUGAAAGUGGACUCAUUAAUAGAUUAAUUUGAUAUCGAUGAAACUAAUAGAAGCGAAAGAAGAAAUGUGUAAACUGGUUUGCGAAUCAACAAAUGUGCAAAUGAAUACCUAUUGUUUGAAGUGAUGAAACACAAAUAUCGUUUAGACCACGUAAACUGCCAUUAAAAAAGAGGCAUUGUUGAGGAUCAAAUAGAUAAGUGGGUCAAAGACGGCAUGAUUGAAAAUUUUGAUUUUAGUAGUGCUGUGGUUUUAGUGAAAAAAAGAGACGGUAGUCCAAGACUGUGUGUUGAUUAUAGACAAUUGAACAAAGUUCUAAGUAAUAAAAGAUAGAUUUUCAUUACACUUGAUUAAAAACCAGCUAAACUGAUGGCAAAAUGCAAAUAUAUUUAGCACAAUUGACUUGAAAUAUGGAUUUUAUCAUGUGCCUGUGCCUGCAUCUAGCCGCAACUGCACGUCAUUCGUUACACUAGGCGCACUGUUUUGAAGAGUUCCAUUUGGCUUGUUGAACUCUCGCGGUGUUUUCCAAAGACAUGUAAAUGCAAUUUUCCGUGAUUUGAUGCAUAGAGGAGUAUCACUUCCUUACAUUGAUGUCAUAAAUGUACCAGCAUUGAAUAAAAACUAUACUGUGCGUAAUUUAGAAGAAGUGUUGAAUCAAUGUAAAUAAUAUGGACUUGUAAUUAAUUGGAAAAAAUGUCAAUUUAAAAAAAAGCGAAUAGAAACGGUAUUGAACAUCGAAAAAUUUCACCAUGUCCAAAAAAUCAAAGCUUUAGUUAAGUACCCAUUGCCGAAAAUUUUAAAAUAAUUACAAAGCUUUUUGGGUUUAGCCGGCUACUUUUGAAAGUGUGUACCUUUAUUUGCGUUAAUUUCUAAAUCAUUAUCUAAUCUGACUAAACAAGGUAAGAAAUACCAAAUUAAUCACGACGAAAUAACUGCAAUAUACUGAAGAAAAUUCUGGACGUGAAAACGGUAUUAGGUAUAUUCAAUCAGAAACUAAAGUUCAUACAGAUAAUUUCGCUGACGGCUAUCGUGACGUAUUACUGCAAAAACUCUCAGACAAUAACCAAUUACAUCCUAUAUAUUACAUGAGCAAAAAUAAUUCUAAUGCUGAACGCAUUGGCUACGCUGCUGCUGUGAUGUCUUGCUGGAUGAACGUUUACUAUAUCGUAAUUCUGGCAUGGGCCGUUUUUUAUUUUUUCAUGUCCAUGAAAACAGAUGUGCCUUGGCGUUCUUGUAAUAACUUCUGGAAUACUGUAAAUUGUGUCAAUCCAUACGAACGCAACAAUUUAAUUUGCUGGGAGGAUUCAAUUAAUGGAACAAUAAAAAAAAUUUGUUCUUUAACCUUAGCAAAUAUCACCACUUCAGAACUGACAGAUCCAGUUAAAGAAUUCUGGGAACGUCGUGCACUGCAAAUAUCUGAUGGUAUCGAACAUAUUGGCAAUAUACGCUGGGAAUUGGCGGGAACUCUGCUACUCGUGUGGAUCCUAUGCUACUUCUGUAUAUGGAAAGGAGUAAAAUGGACAGGCAAAGUAGUUUACUUCACUGCACUAUUUCCAUACGUCUUGCUAACUGUAUUACUUAUUCGUGGUAUAACCCUUCCAGGGGCAUUAGAAGGAAUAAAGUUUUACGUGAUACCUAAUUUUUCAAAACUUACGGAAUCAGAAGUAUGGAUUGAUGCGGUUACACAAAUUUUCUUCUCUUAUGGACUUGGACUUGGAACAUUAGUUGCGCUUGGCAGCUAUAAUAAAUUUACAAAUAAUGUAUACAAAGAUGCUUUAAUUGUAUGUACGGUUAAUUCAAGUACAAGCAUGUUUGCUGGAUUUGUGAUAUUCUCCGUUGUGGGUUUUAUGGCAAACGAACAGCAAAGGCCGGUUGCAGAAGUAGCUGCAUCUGGUCCUGGUUUGGCAUUUUUGGUAUAUCCAUCAGCAGUGUUACAACUACCAGGUUCACCCUUAUGGUCUUGUCUUUUCUUUUUUAUGUUACUUCUUAUUGGACUUGAUUCACAAUUCUGUACAAUGGAAGGUUUCAUUACAGCUAUAAUUGAUGAAUGGCCACAAUUGUUACGCAAACGUAAAGAAAUAUUUAUUGCCGUCGUGUGCACCCUGAGCUAUCUUGUUGGUCUUACAUGCAUUUCGCAGGGUGGCAUGUACAUAUUUCAAAUAUUGGACUCGUAUGCAGUUAGUGGUUUCUGCCUAUUAUGGCUAAUAUUUUUCGAAUGUGUGUCAAUCUCGUGGUGCUAUGGCGUCGACCGUUUUUAUGACGGCAUAAAAGAUAUGAUCGGUUAUUACCCCAUGGUCUGGUGGAAAUUUUGUUGGUGUGUUACAACUCCGCUCAUUUGUCUGGGAGUAUUCUUUUUCAACAUUGUGCAAUGGAAACCAAUCAAAUAUUUAGACUAUAAUUAUCCUUGGUGGGCUCAUGCGUUUGGAUGGUUUACUGCCUUGUCAUCGAUGCUUUACAUACCUGUUUACAUGGUUUGGCUAUGGAGGCGAACUCCCGGAGAUACAGGCGAGAAAAUUCGAGCGAUCGUACGAAUAGAUGAAGAUAUUAAGCAUCUGAGAGAGAAAAUGCAACAGGAUACGGAUAAAACAGUAGAAAUUUAUGCAUUGUAAAUCGCUUCUAAACAAAUGGAAUUUACAUAAACUAUGAACUAUAAGAAACUAGCUAAAUUUUAAAAAUACAAAAUGAAUUACUAAUUUUCAAAUCAAAUAUUUAAAACACAUCCAAAUUUCAUUUAGAAUUAAGAAUCUAAUAAAAAUGAUUAGCCGAUGAAAUUGUAUGCUUCAAACUUUUUCGUGCUUUGUGUGUUUAUUUGAAUUUAUCAUACACAUUCCUGAUAUAUCUUCGUGAAUUCAUUAGAAAGUUUGUACAAUAUACUCUAAUUGUAAAAUAUGACUCUUAUUACAUAGGUAAUCCUAGACAAGUCGGAAAAAAGUCUUAAAACGUAAUUUAAAUAAACAAGCUAGCAAGCAACAAAUGAUCGCUAUGCAUGUUUGUUAAAGGCAAUUUUAAAUAAGGUUUAAUGUACAUAUAUGUAAAAGUUUUACAACUAUCUAUUUGAAUUUCGAUUAUUUUUAGAAUUUUUUUUUAGAUUUUUUGACUCUGAAAACUUCUUCACUAAUUUUUAUGCUGUUUCGAUUUUUUUAUUAAGAAAUACUUAAGAUUAGAGAACAGUUUACUAUAUUUUAAUCUAAAUUAAUAAUGGUAUAUUUUUAAUCUUUGCAACUGUAAACUCUGUAGUUCAAUUCAAUAGAUUUUAAUUCUUAGUUUUAAUUGAAUAUAUAACAUGUGUACUAUAUUAUUAUUAUAAUGUUUAAUUUGCAACUCAUGUGCUGUUUAGUUGAUAAGAAAUGAUAUUUAGAAAUAUCUGACAUUUACUAAGUAAAAUGUUUAAAAUGUUGUC